AUGAUAAAUAUAAAAUGGGAAUAUAUAUAAUCUUUUGAUAUAAAAAGGGUCAAUUUUGAUGAACUUUAAUUUCAAAUGAAUAAUAUCUAUUAAGUCUAAUUAACAGAAAGUAAUCGCAAGAAUUAUCUAAAGUUGGUUAACCUGUUGUAAAUGAUUAUAUUUUAUAAUGAGUACUGCAAUUUUUCAAUUAAAGAAACUUCAUAUAAAUUAGAUUCUGAUAUUGAUGAAAUAGAUUAAUAAAUAAAGGAAAAAGAGUAAAAAUUAUUAAAGAGCAAAAGACAUUAUGAAAAAUGUAAAGUAUAUAAAGAGGAAUUAAAAAAACUAUUAAAAUUAAAACCAUAAAAGGUUUAUGGGUGUUUGUAUUGCAACAUUGAAUUCAGCAAUACUCUACUCUUAGAUAGACAUAUGGAGAUACACAAAGAGCCACCUAAUAUAACUCCAUAAAUUUUAGCAAUACAAAAAGAAUUACAAUAAUAAUUAGUAUAUAUGUACUAAGCAAAAUAACAAAGAAAAUAAUUGGAAUACUAGAAAGAGGAUUUAAAAUGUGGAAUGUUGGCAGCUGCUGGUAUGAUUAAAAAAUAAUAUUUUUAGAAAGAAAUUAAGAACUUGUUUCAAAUGAAAAAAUGGAUUAGAUUGAAAAGGUUUAUAUUGAAAAAAUCAAUAAUUUGUAGUCUAUAUUGAAUCGUUUAAAUUUAGAGACAGAGAAAUUUUAAUAUAAAAAUGAUUGGUUGGAUAAUCUAGAAGAAGGAAUUAAGGAAUAAUUGAAUUUAAAAAGUGAAUAGGAAAAAUUAUUAAAAACUUAAAUUGAGUCUUAAUAAGCAUAAUCAAAUGUUUUCAAAAGUUAAAGAUCAAUAUAGGUUACUAAAAAAGAUGUGAGAGUCCCAAGCAAUACAAGUUUUAAACCAUAAUCAUAGCUUUUUAUAUAAUCAUAGGUUCGUGGAUCAAAUCAUUUAUUUCGUAGAUCCAAAGAUGGAAUGGAAUAUACUUCUGAUGACUCUCCAAGAGAAGAAAUAAUUUUAGAAGAAGAAGAUUUAGUUAGAGAAAAUAUUGCUCACAGAAAAAACUAAUCUAGUGUUAAUUCAAAUUUAAAGGCAAAACAUUCUAAAAAUCCAUCUGGGGUUUCUUUUUAAGAAAGUAAUUUAAAAGGGUUAACUAAAUUUGAAUAAUAUGAAUACAGAUAUUAAGAAUUUAAUAGUUUAGUUACUGAAAUGUUGUUGAAUAGAUAUUAUUUAAGAAGGACUUAGUUUGAUUAACAUGUGAUUGAAAAGGAAAGGUAAAAGUUAUUAGAUUAAUUUGAUGACUUGAAUGAAGUAGAUGAUUUGGAAGAUCUAUUAAAAUAAAUGUAAAAAUAAACUAAAGGAUUUGAUAAGAGAAAAAGGUAUUAAAUAAAAAAAAAAUAAUUAUAUAAGUAAGAUUAAUAAGAGAAUCAGGCUAAGGAGAAUACAAUUACUACUUUAGAAUCUAGUAGUGAAAACGAACAUAGUUAAUAAGAAAAAGAUGAAGAUGAUGAGUUUAGAAAUACUUAAUAAUUUGAAUUGAGGAAAUUCCCAUUUCAAAUAACAGGAGGGGAUUUAGAGCAUGGAAAUGCAAAUUAACAAUAAUAGCAAUACUAAGAUCCAGGAUAAGGAUAUGGAGUAAAUACUUUUAGUAUAAAUUAUUGA